CACAAACUCAGAGUAAACUUAUCUAUCUUCUUUUCCUAGAUCUGAACACACACUGAGCAUAGAAAUGGCGGCAACAGCUCCUACGAAGCCAUCCAAUAUUGCUCAGAACUCAUUCGUUAAGGCUUUGGCCGAGUCUUCUACCCUCAAUUCCGUCCCUUCUCAGUUCUCUUUCGCCAAUGAUUCCAAAGCCUCCCACUCUGACUCUAUUCCUAUAAUUGAUUUCUCCCUCCUCGCCUCCGGCACUACUGAUCGACGGGCCAAAGUUCUCCGGGACCUUGACAACGCAUGUAGGGAAUGGGGAUUCUUCGUGCUGGUGAAUCAUGGGAUUCCCGACAGUCUUCUGAAGGCCAUAAUAGAGGCGAGUUUGGAGUAUUUCGAGUUGCCGGAGGAGGACAAGCGGCGGUACGAGGCCAAGAGUGCGUCGGACCCCAUCAAGUCCGGAAGUGGCAGCGUCAUUAAUACGGCUAACCAGAAAAUUAACUUAUGGAGGGAUUUUGUCAAGUCCUAUGUCCACCCCGAAUUUCACUGCCCAGAUAAACCUCAUAAGUUAAGGGACGUUCUAGUUGAAUUCUCUGAAAAAACUCGAUCCGUGGCGAGAAAACUACUCCAGGACAUCGGAGAAAACCUUGGACUGGAAAAAGGUUAUAUGGAUGAAGUUUUGAAGCUGGACUCUUGCUUUCAACUGUAUGCCGCAAAUUACUAUCCGCCCUGCCCUCAACCCGACCAAGCUAUUGGAAUCCCAGCGCAUACCGAUCACGGCCUUUUGACAUUCCUCAUACACAAUGGAGUUGCUGGGCUACAGAUACAGCACAACGGAGAUUGGUUCAACACUAACUCCCCUCAGAAUUCUAUUCUGGUUAACACCGCCGAUCAUCUUGAGAUAUUCAGCAACGGGAGGUACAAGAGCGUGAGGCACAGAGCCGUGGUGAAUAAUAAGGCAACCAGGAUAUCCGUGGUCAUGGCUAACGGUGCAGCACCCGAUGCUAUUGUGAGCCCGGCCGUUCCGUUGGUGGAACGCGAUGGCCGUGCAUUUUAUCGUCCGAUGAAGUUUAUUGAAUACGUAGAAACAAUGCUGAGCAAUCGUUUUCAGGGGAAAAGCAACUUGGAUUGCCUCAAGAUCCAGGAUGAUACUGAAUUGAAGACUCACUGUUCAACUUAUUAAACACGUAUAAUUCAUUCUUGUGGUUGAGAACUAAUAAUUGUGGUGGGAUCUCCAUCCUUAUCUUUAAAUUUGUAUUUUGAGUAUUUUGUUUUAUAUUUUGAAGAUAGGCCAUAAAAAUAGAAAUAAAUAAGUGUGUAUUGAAAAUAGAUGGUAUGUUUAGAUUUCUUUUUUGAGGUAAUUUAAAAUACUUUAAAAUAAGUAGUGUAGAUUUGAUGUUGAAAUUUAGGAGACAAAAAUCACUGUUCAUUGUCAAAUCAUAUCUCUUUUGUAUGUUUAA